UAUCGAUGUUUCAAAUACUAUCCUGUGGUUCCAAUGGAAGCUGCCAAUUAGGAAUUGGUGAAGAAAAUGAUAUAGACCAGAAUUCGCUCGUUCCUGCUCUUUUUGAAGGAGAGACUUCUGGUCAAAUUGCAUAUAAGCCAAAGAAAAUAGUAUGUGGAGGAAAUCAUACUAUGAUUCUCUUUGAGAAUGGGGACUUGUAUUCCUCGGGGGAUAAUACGUACGGACAAUGUGGAUAUACUGAACAGAUCAAAAGUGGAAUAUUCCAGAAGGUCCCCGGCCAAUGGUUAGAUGCUGCCUGUGGUUGGGAAUAUUCCAUUCUAAUAAAUAGCAAUAAUCAAGUAUUUGUUUGUGGAAAGGGUUUAAAAGGUGAAUUGGGAUUGGGAACUCUGGUCACAGAAACUCAUUUGACUGAACUAUUUGCAGUAUCUGGUAAACAUAUAAUUAAGGUCAAGUCAUGUAUGAACCAUACUAUCUUGCAAUGUAAUGAUGAACUAUGGGGUUGGGGUAGUUGUAGAAAAGGUCAAUUGGGCACUGUGGGCAAUGUCAAAGUAUUGUAUACACCUACUAAAUUACAGUUUGAAGGAUUAGAGAAUUGUGAAAUCGUUGAUUUUUGUCUAGGAAGAGAAUUUACAAUUAUUCAAACAAAGAAUAAGUUGUUGAAAUUUGGCAAACUCAUACUUGAUUCAUUGCCAGAGGUUCCAGGUUCCGAAGUGGGUACUAUGUGGUCAUCCAUUCACUUGUUCAAAGACAGGACAAUCAACUCAUUUGGAAACAAUAGUCACGGUCAGCUUUUCCCAAGUGAUGAUUCCGUUCCAGCUGAAAGGAUGAGUUUGGGAAGCGAACAUGGAUUAAUACUAGCUAAUAAUGUUGUUUAUACUUGGGGUUGGGGAGAACAUGGAAAUUGUGGAGUCCAAACCAAACGGCCAGCAGACGAUGUUACGUUUGAUUACUUGAAUGUACUAUACAGUGGAUCACACAAAGUAGUUCUUGUAGGUACAGGGUGUGCUACUAGUUGGGUUGUAAUAGAAAUCGAUUAAAAAGGAAAUGUCACGAAGUAUCUUUCCCAUAUUCAUCUAAUGCGUUAAAUAUGAUGCAAAUAGACACCAAAAUUUCUUGCUCAAAGAUGGAAAAUAUGUUCGACGUAGUUAAUAUAGGACGAUAGAACCAUAAUCAGUACAUUUAUUGUUGCAUUGCAACCAGAUGACCCUGCUCGACUUCCCUGUAAACAGAGAAAAAGAAGUUUCUUGGGCAUAUCUGAAAACAUUCACUGAUCAACUUCCUUUCUCAUCCAUGAUGAUAUAUUACACAAGAUAAUGAAACAAUUCCCUUGUUUCUAAUACCAUGUUCAUAUACAUUUUAUUGAGCUUUUGGUU